AUGGCGGAGAAGCUAAACAUUAAGAUGGAAGACAGGUUGGCGUUUGUAAAACAACAGCAAAAAGUAGAAAAAGAAGAAGAGAAGGCUAAAACAGAAGAACACAAGGCUAGAGAAGAAAAAGAGAAAGCUGAUAAAAAGGAAGCAAAUGACAAGGAAAUGGCUAGAAGGUUAGAAGAUAGAAAUUUGGAAAAAGAAGCAGAUGAAAGGAAGAGGGUAACAGAAAAAGGAGCAGAUGAAAGGAAGAAAGAUAAAAAUGACAAAGAUUUAAAAGCGCAAACUGAGAAAAUACGGCUUCAGAGAGAAGCAUUUGAAGCAACGCUUAAACUAGAAAUAGAGCUAGAUGGAUCAAGAGCUUUAACAGACACAAAUGAACCAAAAUCAGAAAGUGAACAGGCAGAACUUAAAGCUGAACUUAGAGAAGAAAAUAUGGGCGACCUUAAGAAUAAAGAAGAGGGUAUCAUAAUCCAAGUAGAAUUGAAACCCAAGGAUAAAAUAAUGAGUGAACUUUCAAGGUGA